AUGACCAUGGUCUUUUUCACCUCGACCACCACACCCUUAUACUCCAACGCCUGGACUCCCUCCACCACCGGGCAGUACGCGGGAACAUGCAUCUUUUUGAUCGCCCUGGCCGUCAUUCUCCGUCUCCUCCUCGCGCUGAAACCGAUAUGUGAGACAUGUCUGUGGAAUGACGGGAUAUCGAGAACCUGCCCCGAGCACGGGCAUCAGAGAACCCGGUGGGCCAUCAACCCUGCCGCUGGCCGCGCCACGCUGGAGUUGGUGGUCGCCGGCGUGGGUUAUCUGCUGAUGCUGGCGGUCAUGACCAUGAAUGUAGGAUACUUUCUGUCGGUGCUCGCCGGUCUGUGGCUAGGGACAUUCGUUCUGGGGGGAUGGGCCAGCGAUACACUGUAUGCACAUCAUUGA